UGUGGACUUCAAUUGCUUGGCUCGCGUGGAUGGCGAAGCGCCAUGUCUCCUACAAGGAUGCGAACGGCUUUCUGCAGAAAUGCUUCGCCAAGCCCGAGCGCAUGCGGCUGUUGUGCAGCACCAAGGCAGAGCGAGAGGGUGGCGACAGCCUGGCAGUCGCUGUGGAAAUUGCACCUGGAGGGCCUGUCGUGGAGGUGCAGGAGGUGAGCAUGGCAGAUGGCUGGACUGGCUGCCGUUUCUCCCCAUCUUCCCUUUGGCUGGCAUUGAGCAUUGGCCAGAACAGCCUCAAACAGGUGGAGCGGCCUUCAGCCAUUGAGUUUGGCUGUGGCGUGGCCCUGGCGGGCUUAGCUGCGCACGCGGUGGGCUACGACACGACGCUCACCGACUGCUUGCCCGGGCACCUGGCGAACCUUACAGCGCACGCCACCAGGCUCCGGCGCACUCCGUCGCUCGAGGUCUUUUGCCUGGACUGGAUCGCGGACGUGGGGAAGAACGCCUGCGACAUUGACACGGGCAGUCCCGAGAACCUGGCGGCCUUAGAGAACGGCAAGCCGAGCGGGCCGAGUUGGCAGAGCAUACCGCAGGAGAAGCUCAGGAGCUUUGACCUGGCGCUGGCCAGUGAUGUCGUGUAUGAGCCGCACCAUGCCGUCCUUCUGCCUUUGGUCAUCGAGCGUUGGCUGAAGCCAGGAGGGUGGUUGGCUGUGUCCCUUGCGAUCCGUGACGAAGCAAUCUGCUGCCGCUUUCUGGAGCAGCUCGAUGCUUGCGGCCUACUUUCAUACACGGAGCAUCUUCUGAUUGAGACAGCUUGUGUACCCGAGCGACGCUUGGUUCAGUUAUAACAGAGACAUCAAGGGCCCAAUCUGAAUAGCAGCUCAGAGGGGAGCACACUACAAGGAUGUCCCUACUGCGCAUCGCGCGGCCAAUCACUGGACAGCUCCGCCAAGACCCUGGAGGGGCUACGUGCACUCUUCAGAGCUCACGAGGGCGGCGCAGUGCUUCUGCGAAGCAGACGGAGUUG